GAGCCCAACACCUCUUUUCAAGGAGACAGAUUUUCCAUAAUGAUUAGACGAGUUCAAUAAAAAUAAAAAGAAAAGAAAACAUGGCAGUCAGAAUGGACACAAGCAGGGUGGAUGCUCUGAAACAGACAGUAGAGGAAGUUUGUGUGGAGUUGGCCACUUUAGGGGAGGAGUCAUUGUUUAUGUCAAUCAAUCUGAAACAGAGAAGUUGUUUCUACCUAGGAUCAGAACCUGGCAAAGAAUUUCUAACCAAGAGGAUGGAUAUCAUAGAGAACUUCUAUCACUUCAUCAACAGUAAUUAUCCACUGGAUGAAUCUGAGCAUCAGGGGGUAUCUGCCUCACCCUCCAAGGCUGCUCAAUACACAGGAGAAAUGGAUUUGGAGAAGAUCCCCCAGACUGUACAGGCAGCUGAAUCUGACCAAGACGACUCCAGCUCCUUCACCAUCGACAAUGAGAUGAGAGAGGACCCUGAUUUUGAACACAGCAUGAAGAAAUCCUCACUAGCAUCACUGUUUAAAAAGCGUGCUGUUGGAAGACCAAGGAAGAUGGAUAUUUUUGAUGGCAGGGAUAGAAAUUCUUCCAUGUUGGAAGACAUGGAAAAGGUUAUCAUGAACAAACCAAUCACAACAGAUAUUCCAUUUGGAGAUCAGCUGAGCACACUUAGUGAAAGUGGAAGUAAAAUCGAGAAAAUAGUAACCUCAGAUAUAGAGUUUGUAAAGUCCCUUAGAAAUAAUAGAAAAUGCCUGCUAAUCUGUGGAAAUUGUGGUACCCCCUGUUCAUGGAAAAGAUCAAUGUUGACACAUUUAGGUAUCUGUAAAGGAAAGAAAAAGGAGCAGAGAGAUGAGGAAAAUGUUUCUACCACUGUUGUCAUGCAGGAGAAAUCACCUGCUGCACACAAACAAGCAGAGACGGUGUCAGUAGAGGGGGGACAGAUAGUGAUAGAACUAGUGGAUGGUAAAGGAGAACAACAAAUUGCAGUCCUUCAAGCUUCUGCAGAGGACACACUGGCACAGAAUUUACAGCUACAGAGUGAAGCAGCUAAAUCAAAUGUGGAUCCCCUGGAGGAGGCCAUACAGAGUAUCACAGCGAGUCAACCUGAGUCACAGUUUUCCUCUGAAGGGUCAGGAGAGAAAGACAAAGUAGAGAAACCAGUGGAAGAAUCAAAUCAAUUAGCAGAGAAAGCAGAGAAAGAAAGUCAUCAAACAAAUGCAGAGGAAAGAAUGGAUACAACAGAAACCUCAGAUGUUCCAAAGAUCACAGAGGAAGGAAAGACUGCAGAGGAACAGAUUGCUGGUGAUGUGGAAGAAAAUAGCCAAGACAGUAAAUUUAGUCAAGUUAGUGAGGAACCAGAUGAUGGAUUAGACAGUACAAUGGAUGAAGAAGAUUUGGAGAAAAAUUUGGAAGAUAUAGAGGCAAUGGAAUCUCUAAUUAAGACAUCAUAUGGCACAGAAAGCAAAAAUUCAGAGAGUAAAGAACAGAGUGAAGAUGAAAACAUGGAAGAUGAAGAUGUUGAAGAUCAAGGAGAUGAUGACGAUCCCGAUUUUAAUGUACUUGCAGUCAAGAAGGUUGAAGAGGAGGUAGAAACUCCAAGAACUCGUUCACGGCGUCAGAUCAAAGUGAGUAAAAAAUAUGAAGAAUACUUAGUGAAGGUAAAAAAGGAGCCAGUUGAGGAACCUCAGACAACUGAUGAAAGCUCAAAGACAAAUGAGGAUACAACUGGAUCUAUAAUGACAAGGAAAAGGAAGGCAGAGGAAUCACCUGCUGUUACAAGGUCCCCCAGAGGUAGAAAGCCUAAGAAUCGGGAUGAAGUGGAGAAGCCAUUGAUGCCUGCCAGCAAGAAGGCAAAAACAGUGGAAGAGCCUGCAGCUGAAGUAGUCACUCCUAAAAGGGGCAGAGGACGACCCCCAAAGAAUUCAAAAUCAACUCCACAAAAAGAUAACCAAGCAGCUAAACACCAGGAUGAAAAGAAAGAUGAUGAAGAAGGAGAAGAAAAAGAACAUGAGGAGAAAGAAGAUGAAGAUGAGGAAAACGAUGAUGAGAACAAUAAAAUGAUAAAAGAUGAAGAAGAUAUGGAAGAGCCAAAUGAAGAUGAAGAAAUUGAUGAGAGAGGAGUAAAGAUGGAACAAACUGAGCCAGUCAAAAAAGUUAAAGGAAAGCGAGGAAGAAAGCGUGGAGGGAAAAAAGAAAAUGAAACUGGCUACAAAAUAACAGCACAGGAUGUUAAUGAAGCAGCAGACAUUAGUGAGGAAAAGGGGAGCUUUAGGUGCAAGCAGUGCAACAUUGUAAUAAAAUGGAAAAGGUCUUUUAUGAGGCAUAUUGAACAACAUAGGCUGCUGAAUGCAGGAAAGACUGACUAUCAUCGGUGCACACAAUGUGAUAGGGAGUUUGUAUCAGAAUGGGAGAUGAAGAAUCAUAUGAGAGGGAAACACAAGAUGUUAGGAGUCUUUGAUUGUGAUACAUGCACUAGGAAGUUUAAUACAGCAAUCCAGUACAAAACUCACAAGAAGGAGUGCACCGAAGAUAACCCUAUGCCAAUAGAAUCUGAAGAGUCAGAGGAAAAGCCUUUCACCUGCAAUUACUGCCUCUUUAAGUUUAAGAGCGAAGACCAGCUCAUUACUCAUAAGGAGCUGCAUAGCAUAAUGGAGUUCAAGUGUGAUGAAUGCGGUAAAGUAUUUCCAGAGGGAUAUAGGCUGAGGAAUCACAAACGUGAUGCUCAUGACAAAUCCAAACACUUUUCCUGUGACAUAUGUGGAAAGGUCUUUACCAGUACCAGAUAUCUACACAGACAUCGUGUAUGUGUCCAUAAGCAAACUGAAAGUGUCUGUAGAGUCUGUGCAAAGUUAUUUCCAACAAAAGAAGAAUUGAGAUUGCAUAUUAAGACUGUCCAUGAGGAAACUGACUCCUUAACAUGUGGGGUCUGUAGAAAGAAGUUUCCUUCACUGCGGGAUCUGGAUGCCCACAGGCCAGAACAUUAUGGUUACCAGUGUGACACCUGUGGAAAGAAAUUUCAAAAAUUGAUUAAACUAAGAGAGCAUGUUCACUCACACACAGGAAAUUAUCCAUAUUACUGUGACUUUUGUAGAAAGGGAUUCCUACAUAUGCAUGCUUUGGAAACACAUCUUCAGACUCAUGACACAAAUAGACCUAUCUACAUGUGUGAUAUUUGUGGUCAACAGUUCAAAACAAAGACAAUCAUGCUGAAGCAUGCCAAUGUACACAAAGAAACAGUUGAUUAUCCUUGCAAGUUUUGCGAUACAGCUUAUAGAACACCCGAUGGACUGAAAAUACACAUGAUUGAAGUCCACAUGACAGAAGAUCAGAUAAAAUCUUGCGGCCUUGAAAUAUUCAAGUGCGAGAUUUGCGACAAGGUCAUGGCCCGAAAACAGCAUUAUGACCGUCAUAAAGCACAACAUCUGGGACUCAAGAAGUACAAGUGUGACGAGUGUAAUAUGUCUUUCUACACUCAGUAUCACCUCAAUCGGCACUACAAGCUGCACCACGAUCCAAAUAAAUUUGCCAGUCAGAGAUCCAUGCUCCAGCAACAUCAGGACGAUGGAAAAGUUCCGCCCGAGGAGAUAAUUACAGAGACAGUAGUGGAAGAAAACGUAGACAAUGCAGAGACGAUACAAUACAUAGGAUCAAUUGAAGACGGCAAUAGUCAGGUCCAGACCAUUAGUUACGCCAUGAGUGGGGAAGGUGGAGACCAACAGAUGGUGGAGUUUGUUGUCAUCAAUGUGGCCCAGGAAUCUGUGGUGGAUCAACAGGAAGGCAUAGAGGGAGACGUAGUAACGCACGUGACUGAGGAUGGCACUGUCGUGACUCAAGUGGCAGAGAUGCCAACAGAGGCUGAUCCGCAAAAUCCGUCCGAAGUGACGACAACUAUAUCGGCAGAAGAGGAGAACGAUGUGGUUCAGUCCAUACUCAACCUGCAAGAAGCUAUCAAUAUGGGUUAAGUCCCUUGCUCCUAGUCUUUUAACUGAUAAAUAUAUUUAGCUAUCAAAUCACAAAAUAGAUUACUGAUUAAAUAUCCCUCAUGGAAUUGCAGAGAUUGAGGAAAAGCUCGUAAAUUUCUCAUAUUCAUAUUGGUUUGUUUAGAUUUGAAUAUUCCAUUUCAAAAACAUUUUUAAUUUAAACAUAACACUUAUGCAGUAAAUAACAAUCAAAACUGAUUUAGUAAUACAGUUAUGUUGGUUUGUUUGUGCAGAGACAUUUUAUGUACAUCAUGUCAUGUUCUGUUUAGGAAGAUAAAAUGUAAAUAUUUCUUGCUUAUAAAUUGUUCACGGCAAUAUUUAAGUAGUUUGAGUUCAUAGAUAGUUUUGAUGUUGAUAUUUAUUCUAAAACAAUUUUUCAUUGUUAUAUAUUACAAUCGGUACUCAUUUAUU